CUUAUUGAGUUAUUUAAAUUUAUCACAGAAGACUUAGAAAUGUACUUUCAACGAAAACUCCUUUCCUUGGCUUUUGGUAAACCACAAAAUCUACACCUUGCAUCACGUUGUUUUGGGAGAUCAGCUAGCUCUGUUAGUCAAAGCACAAUAACCAUAGAUGAAAAAAAUCCAAGCAAAUUCCAUGUGCCCAGCAGGGAGGACAACAACAUCAUAUACACUGUUGACUGUACAAUAGGAACCUGUACAUGCCCACAGGGAACAAGUGGAAAUGCCUGCCCCCACCAAGCAGCUGUGGCAUUGAAAUUUGGAAUAAGCAACAUAAACUUUGUUCCUCAAACAGCAAAGGAGAGAUUCAACCUUGCUAUUCUUGCUGUUGGGAAUAACAACAAUUUCAGUGUCACUCAGUUUGUAAGCCUUCACCAAAAAGAAAUUGAAAGCAGUCCUCACUUCUACAAAGACCAAGACAAGGAUCAUGAUGAACAGCAAGUAAUAUUACCUUCAAUGCCUGCUGACUCACAAGAAAGUAUUAGCACAGAAACCAAUGACAACUGCAUCAGUUCACAAACAGAUGCCAAUUUGCCAGAUGCUGAGUUAUCAGUUGACCAAAUAAUUAAGCUUCACCAACAAGUCUCCCAUGAUAUUGAGUACAAGCUUAGAACAAGCGAUACUAACUUCAGGCUCCGCUAUUAUAAAUACCUGACUUUGUAUAGGAGAAUCAUUUCAAAGUGUAGGGGACAAGCACAAGUUGCUUCACUUGCUACUGCCUAUGCACAGUUUGUAAAAGAUAGGGGUGGAAAUUAUUUGCCAGUCUUGCAUAACAGCUCCAGAAUUAAAGUACAACCAACAGCUAUUUCCAGAAGGAAAUCUGGCAUAAAAUCUACAAGUGCACAACCAAGUGGUCGUCGUCCCAUGUUAUCAAACAGUAACAAAGAUGCCAACAUGAAAGUUAGAAAAACAUUCAACAGUCAAAAAAGAAAGAGAAAUAUUGCCCAUAACAUCAAGAAAAACUUACCUAAUGCUGGUCCUAAAAGAUAG